AAAUUAUUGAUUUCAAUUAAACAUUAUUGUAAAAUAAAUGUUCGACGUUGUUUAGUGUUUAGGAUUUUUGGUGGAUUCGAAAAUUUUUUGUUCAAUUUUAAUGUGUGAUUUGAAAUAAUUAAAAACGUUACAUGUAGGAAGUGAAGGUUUGUUCAACAAAUUGAAUGGAUACGUUAAAAAAAAAUUUCAAUUGAUAAAUUAUGUGAUAAAAAAUUUGUGGAACAAAAGAAAAAAAAAGUAGUUAAAAAAAAUGGAUAGCGCAGUUGGUGUAGCUUGUGGGAUAGGAUGUUUACGUGCAUUGUGGAUGCAACGAUUUGCAACAAUCAAAUCGUUUAUUGCAGUUUAUAGUAUUUUGGGUAUGAUUCAAUCGAUGAGUUAUAUUUAUUUUACGAUUACGUUAACAACAUUGGAGAAACGAUUUAAGAUACCUGGCAAAACAUUAGGAAUCGUAUUAAGUGGUAAUGAAGUCAGUCAAAUUUUAUUAUCGAUAUUUUUAUCGUAUUAUGGUGGGCAACGUAAUCGACCCAGAUGGAUUGCGAUUGGUACACUAAGCUCUGCAUUAUCGUGCUUUGUAUUAGCUUUACCACAUUUUUUGUAUGGUGCAGGCGAGGAUGCACUUCGCUUAACUGAAGAGUAUGUUCGACAAACGCCAAUGGCUAAAUCGUUUAUAAGUGAAUUAUCAUUAAAAAAAGAUCCAAUUUUACAUUGUAUGGCGAACAAACCCGAAGAAGAUUGUGAUAAUAAUGCUAUAACGUCAGAUUUAUCGAUAACUCCAUUAGUAUUAAUAUUUUUAUCACAAUUUAUUUUGGGUAUUGGAACAACACUAUUUUACGUGUUGGGUCAAACUUAUGUGGAUGAUAAUACUGAGAAAACAGAUACACCAAAAUUAUUAGGUGUAUCAAUGGCACUAAGAAUGGUCGGUCCAACAUUUGGAUUUCUUUUGGGCUUUUUAUGUUUACGAGUAUAUAUCGACCCAUCCCUUACGCCAAUUAUUAAAAAAGAGGAUCCUCGAUGGAUGGGAGCAUGGUGGAUUGGAUGGAUUAUUUGUGGAACAUUAAUGGCUUUUAUGGCCUUACUAUUAGGAAUGUUUCCAAAACAGUUACCAAAACCACAAAAGACUAGUUCACCUGAUGAUUUCAUUAGUGAAAGUGAAACAAUUCCAUUAAAAGAUCCCUCAGAGAAUAUUGAAAAACCGCCAAAAGAAAAGCCAAAUUUGAAAGAUCUCAUCAAAUCGCUUCGUCGAAUAACAGGCAACAAAAUUUUAAUGAACAACAUACUAUCAGGGGUUUUUGCCCUUUUGGGUGCUUCUGGUUUCAUCACAUACUUUAUUAAAUAUAUUGAAAUACAAUUUCAACGAUCAUCAGCCAAAGAAUCAGCGGUUGCUGGACCGAUUAUUUUAGUUGGUUCAUUUGCAGGUUUAAUGGGUUCCGGUCUUUAUAUAUCAAAAUAUAAGCCUAAACCAAAAUAUUUGUUGUUUUGGAAUGUGGUUAUUGGAAUGCUAUUUAUUUUAACACAAUUUUCAUUUAUUUUCUUGGGAUGUACUGAUCAUCGAUUGAAAAAUUAUAGUAACAUCUCAAAAAUAAUUGAGUUAAAUUCUGAAUGUAAUGCGCUUUGUGAUUGCGAUCAUGUCAAAUUCUCACCAGUAUGCGAUGCUAGGAACAAUAUGACAUAUUUUUCACCGUGUCAUGCUGGCUGUACUGUGUCAACUGUGGAAAAUUCUUUAAAGAAAUAUUCUGAUUGUAAAUGUCUAUCAGAAUCAGAUGCGCAAACGCAAACAUUAAUUUCUAAUAUAUCAACGAAUUUUAAGGAGAGUACUAUAUUUGAUAAUAUAGUAACCGACGGUUUUUGUGAUUCAAAUUGUAAUGCCGCAUAUUAUACGUUUAUAAUUAUAAUGGCCGUUUCACAUUUUGCAAUGAGUUCAGGCCGUAUUGGUAACAUGUUGGUCAAUUAUCGUGCUGUUGAUGUUAAAGAUAAAUCGUUGGCACAAGGUUUUGGAUUGUGGAUGGUUAGUAUCUUUGCUUUGAUACCUGGACCGAUUAUUUAUGGAUAUAUUUACGAUAGUGCAUGUUUAGUAUGGGAUCAACGAUGUAAUAAACGUGGAAACUGUUGGUAUUAUGAACGAGAUCGUUUACGAUGGACGUUAAAUGUGACUGCUAUGUGUUUCACUACAAUUGCUGUAUAUUUCGAUUACUUAGUAUGGAAACAGGGUAAAAAUUUAGAUUUAUAUGGUGAUCUAGAUCCUAAACCAGAAAAUACGACACAAACAGAUGAAAAAGUAAAGACAGAAAAAUCACCAACCAAAGAAUAAAAUUAGAUUUAGCCAUAAAAAACUUGGACAUGUUAUUAAAUGUAUUAUUAAAUUGUUGUAUUUGUAAAUAAAGAUUUGUAUUUGUUA